AUAUUUGCGAAUAUUUAACAAGCCUCAAUAUUUUCAUGAAAUUUCUUUUAUCAAUCAUUUUUCUAAAAUUUUAAAAUAUUAAAAUUUGAGAGAACCCUUUGCAAACGUGAUAUUCCACCAACACCUCUGUUUUGAGGUAAAAAAAAGGAAUAAUCAAAACGGGAGACGAAUUCGUGAGGAUUAGGCUUUUUGCAGAAAUUAACAAAUUGCACGUAGAUUUGAUGGUUUGACUGUGGCUGAGGACACAGCGCCGAGAUGCGUUCGAAAAUAAUAACAAAGAUAGUACAGAGCGAUUAAAGCAUCAAUCAGACACAGCGAGGAACUGCUCGCGCGCGCUAGUGAUUGUGAUUGACCAUACGAAAGCCUUUGUUAUCUGUUGCCGCUCAAAACGCAUUCGGUCACCUUCCGAAUCACGAACGCAUUCAGUACAUAUAGCCAGCACAAUAAUGCGUCCAAAGCUCAGUCUGCAACAGUUGAACGAGCUACCGCCCGGGGAGUUUCAUAAAACGUUCGAAAAUGUAAUCGAAUGUUGGCCGGAAGCUGCAAUAUUCUGUUCAGCGUUGCUGCCCUUCAAAAGCUUCGUCGCACUGAUUGCCGCCUUUGAAAACUAUCUGGAACGCUUACCUGCCGAUACGAAGCUGAAAAUAUUGAGACUCUAUCCAGAUUUGGCCGGUAAAAUGCUCGACACCAAUCAACUGUCGGAGGAUUCAUCGAACGAGCAUGCAUCAGUAGGGCUGGAUAACUUAUCGCCCGAGGACAAAAAGCAACUAACGGAUCUGAAUGAAAGCUACAAAACCAAAUUUGGAUUCCCGUUUGUGGUUUGCGUUCGCGAGGCAUCCAAGUUUGAAGUCAUUCUUCGCAGUGUAUCGGAAAGAAUUCAUCACACCGCCGAACAGGAGCUGGCCAUUGCUUUGGGUGAAGUGAAGAAAAUUUGCCGCUUGCGUAUUUUGCAGUUGGUUGAUAAUUUGUGACCAUUUUUGUGAGGUAAGGGUUUCAAAGUUUCAUGAAUAAAUGGCGUGGUAGUGGGUUCCUUCUCUCCGGACCUUGAGAACUUCAGCAAGAUUUAAAUGGAUGGAACAAACAUAAUGUUAAAUUUAUUACAGCCUUUCAUCGUUUUGGACGCUUCACAUACGCUUGUAGCUCAACAGAUAGGCAGAGAUUCCAGCCAGCAUCUGAAAGUAAUAGCAGACAGUUAUCAAUAGUAUUGUGAACAGAUUCUUCAAGAAUGGUGGAUAGUACUAUGAAUUCUCUACGAUCUAUUUAGAGCGAGCAAAUUCCCAACCUUUGCAUGUAUAAAGCUACAAAAAGUUUUCGUUCUUUUUCGAUUUUUCUCUUAUACUGCUAAAAAUUAUGUAGAGUUUUGCCUUUUUCCCGAACUUUUAGCUUAAUUGUGCAAUGAUUAGUCAACGAACGUAUUCAUGCUUCGUUUGGAUCUUUUCUUGCUAUUCAAGAAAAGUGUUUCAGCCUUUUCGUAUUCAACAACUUGUUCAACUUGUUUCGACUUACGUUCAUGUUCUGGAAGAUGUGUUGCUGUGGACCUCCGCCUCGUUUAUUUAUCGUAGUACGAUGAGCUAGAACAGGAGCGAGACCGGUGCCGAUGACGACUCCUUUCCGUACCAGACCGAUGGUUAUAUGGCGAUGGAGUGCGACUUGACGGAAGAAAAGCAAUGGAAUAAAUAAAUCAGUGCCACCUUGUCUCCAAUUUCUUAGC